AGAAAUGGCGGACUCGUUGUGCAGCGCUGAUUUCCCUCCGUAUGCAGUGUGUACACUAGAUGGCGAACACUUUCUCAUUGCAGGUGGGGGUGGCCAAGCUAGAACCGGAGUUCCGAAUGCAAUAGAAAUAUUUGAAUUUUUAAAAUCCACACGUUCAUUGACCGCAGUGAGCAAAUGCAGAUAUGACACAGAUAAAGGUGAAGAUAGGAGUGCUAUUAUGAAUGCUGAUGUUCAUAGAGUUGGAAAUGGCAGUUUUAUCAUGGUUACGGGCAAAGAUGAAAUGUGUCAACUCUAUGAAAUCAACAAAGUAAAAGCUGACAAAGAAAAAACUGACAAAGAUUUGAGGAGAAGAAAAGGAAAAGAAGAGGAAUCAUCAUCAUCUGAAGAAGAAGAAAAUGACAACAAAGCAAAAUAUGUGAUAGAACGAUUGAAAUCAGUUCAGAGUGAUUUUGGUAAACCCGAAAAAUAUCAAAAAGUAGUGAAGUUUAUUAAUGACGGCUCAGUGUUUGUUACUGGUGGAGCUGAUGGAUAUAUCAGAGUUUGGAAGUAUCAAACCUUGUCAAAAGAACAUGAAAUCCAGGCACACAGUAAAGAAAUUGAUGACUUAGACAUUAGUCCAAGUGGGAGUAAGAUUGUUUCAGUAUCACGGGAUUGCAAGGCAUUUGUCUGGAACACCAAAGAUGGAAGUAAGACCUGUGAGUUAACAUGGGAUCAAAGUAAACCUGAAAAAGCUUAUAGAUACAGAUCAUGCAGGUUUGGAAUUGUGGAAGGAGAUAAAAGCAAAUCAAAAUUGUUCACAAUUCAUGUUCCUCAUGUUAGAGACAAGACAAACACAUAUUGCUACGUCACUAAAUGGGACACACAAAAAUUUAUACCAGAGAAAACCGUAUCCACAGGAACAGAUGUCCUCUCAGCAUUAGCUGUUAGCCCUGAUGGUAAUUAUGUAGGUCUUGGAACAAUGUCAGGUUCAGUUGCUGUGUACAUAUCAUUCAGUUUACAGAAGCUGAAAUUGGUGAAAGAUGUCCAUGGUAUAUUUGUGACUGGUCUUUCCUUUGUACCAAUCAGUGAAGGCAAUAUAGAAUUACUUGGAAAUCAAGAUUGUUCACUGCUCAGCAUAUCUGCUGAUAAGCAGUGUAAAGUAUUAAGAGUAAGCAAGCAAACCAAAUACCAUGGACUUGUGAUUGUGCUAGGUUUCUUGGCUGUAGUCGUAUUAUUAAUCCUCUUCCUGGACUACAUUGGUGUUCCGCUGUAA